AAAGGGCCUGUUUCCAUGCAGUAUCUCAAUACUAAACAAUGGUUAAUGUCUGAGGCAUUACUAAGUAACCCAAAAAUCGACGCAAGUGAUGGGAAGUAUGCCUUUAAACCCAAAUAUAACUUGAGAGAUAAAAAAGCUCUCUUAAGGCUGUUGGACAAGCAUGAUCAGCGGGGUUUGGGAGGAAUCCUCUUGGAAGACAUAGAGGAAGGAUUGCCAAAUGCACAGAAAGCUAUAAAGGUAUUGGGGGACCAAAUAGUUUUUGUGACACGACCUGACAAAAAGAAGAUUCUCUUCUACAAUGACAAAAGCUGCCAGUUCACGAUGGAGAAGCUGUGGAGAAGCAUUCCAGUGGAUUCUAUGGAUGAAGAGAAGAUUGAAGACUAUUUGAAAAGACAGGGCAUUUCUUCAAUGCAGGAGACAGGACCAAAGAAGUUGUCUGUUCAGAAGAGGAAAAAGUCUGCUUCUCAAAGAAAAAGGAAAUUCAAGGCACAUAAUAACCAUAUGGCAGGCAUACUGGAAGAUUACUCUGAGGGAGUAGCUGGCAAAGAGUAGCAGGACUGAAAGAGGAAGUGGAAUGAUACUUGAAGAUGAACUGAAUAAUGCACCAAAGGUGUUGUGGUAGAAGAACAGUGCCAGAAGACUGCUGUAGCUUUUCCAUUGAUAUUUUUUCGUUCUGUUACUUAAAUCUAAUGCUUUUUGUUGCGUCUUAUUAGAAAGUUUUGUGAAACCAACAUUACUGAUUCUGGAGUGACCUUA